AUGAAGUUGAGUGGGAAAGGACUGUGCACCGUCUUCUCCAGCACCCUCCUCUUCGUGUGCGCCUUGAGCGAAGUUGUCGUUGGAUUAAAAUGCAUCUCGCUGGGAUCUACGGUGAAAGCGCAUUUCCACCUCGGCGCCGCGGCAGGGGCUUUCUACUCCGGGAUACUUGUGGGAAUCGGCCAGGUCCUGCUGAGCUCGGCGCUGCUCUGUUGCAUGGAGAAGCCCGGCUGCAGGAAUUUCUUUCUCCUCGGUGUUGUGGUCUUCUUGUUGGGGGUCCUCACCGCCUUCUCCGGCGCAGUGGUGGACGGAGACACAGUUUCUCUGGUGGAGAGGAAAUAUUCACACUACUGCCUCCACUCUGUGGUUGUAAACCCUGCCUGCGAGCAGUUGAAGGAUUACCAGCGGAGUCUGGUCAUCUCCACUGUUCUCAGCACCCUGGAGUGCCUCCUUGGGCUCAUCAACCUGCUGAUCAUCAAAAGGUACAAAACAGCGCAGUUUUACAGGAGCCGGCAGUCUCAGAGGCAGAGUGCCGGCGCUAUCAUCUUCAACGAGGAGCGGGACUUUUCCUCAGCUGAAUUCCAGCCGGUUUCUUACAUUAACCUGGGUGUUUUUAACGUGUUUGACGAGACGGGCGGCGAGGUACAGUGCGGGGGACACCCGUCGAUCGAGCUGCCGGGAUACUCGCCCUCGGAUCCGGAGCUCAAUCACUCCUAUCCGUUCUCCUACCCGCUCCCCAGCGAACUGCCGCCCGCAUACGAAGACAUUUUCCCCGCCGAGGCAUGCAACACAUAGCCGCUCCGGAGCAGCCUCCAGCAGUGCUUUUCCUCUGCUGUGACAAUCACUGACUUUUGUGCUUUAACAGUCCAGUAAGUUACACACAAAAAGGACAAUAUAGUGACUAGUGAAUUUUAAGCCGAUUCCUUCUCAUGAUAUUUUCGUACACCAUCUCUCUGCCUGGUUUUCUCGGUAUAGCUUUAUUGUGAAUCACCCGUCAGACCGAUGUAGUUCCAACAGCUCAAAGUAAUAUAGGAUAUAUAGGCUCAGUGCAGGCAGAUCAAGAUCCCCAUAAACGCAACAGACCAGCUUGCUAAUAUAACAAAACGCAGAAUUUGUGUUCUGAAUGUUUGCUGUUAACAUUUUUACAUGUGAAUAAAAAGUGUAUUGAACCUCA